GUAUAAAUUGGCUCUGUGUUUACAGUUAGCUAGUUAGAGCUCUUUGUUUUUGUCUUCUAUCGAGUUAAAUCAAAAUGUCCCGGCUGUAUUACAGCCUACUUGGUUUUCCAUAACUGCACGACAGUAGAUAACACCGAUAAUUUGUCAAAACUUUCUAGGAUACAGAUUAACUUACUUCUAUUUUUUGUUUAUUUCUCUGCUUUUAACCGAAGAGGAAGUGUCAUCUGGAAACUUCUGCAUCAGGUCAUUUUAAAGUUUAGAGAAAGUCUACAUUAAAGGCUGCAGCCAUGGUGUUGAUUCUGGGCAGACGGAUGAACAGGGAGGACUCUGGGAUCAAAGACUCACCAGCUGUCAAACGCAAGGUGUUUGAGGUUGACUCCAAAACAUUAGCCAACCAGGAUGUUUUGGACUUCUGCUCUGGCUCCUCUCACUCAGAGGGCAUUCUGCAGGUGUUCAAUGAGUUUCGUGACUGCCGCCUGUUCACUGAUGUGGUCAUCAGCGUACAAGGCCGUGAGUUCCCUUGCCAUCGUGCUGUCCUUUCUGCCUGCUCCUCCUACUUCAGAGCCAUGUUCUGCAAUGAUCACCGUGAAAGCCGUGAGAUGCUGGUCGAGAUCAAUGGCAUCCUGGCUGAAGCCAUGGACUCCUUCCUAACCUAUGUUUACACCGGACGAGCCAAGAUCACCACAGAGAAUGUACAGUUUCUCUUCGAGACUUCCAGUCUCUUUCAGAUCACCACACUGCGUGAUGCUUGCGCAAAAUUUCUUGAAGACCAGCUGGACCCAUGCAACUGCCUCGGCAUUCAGCGCUUUGCGGAUGCCCAUUCCUUGAAGCAGCUUGCCAGUCGCUGCCGCAGUUAUGCCCUGGCCAACUUCUCAGAUGUAGCUCAGCACGAGGAGUUCCUUGACCUUCACAAGGAAGAGCUGGAAGAGUACAUUGGUAGUGAUGAGGUGUCCAUUGGUAAAGAGGAGGUGGUGUUUGAGGCAGUGAUGCGAUGGGUGUACUACAGUGUGGAGCACAGGAGGCCCAUGCUCAAGGAACUGCUGCACCAUGUGCGCCUGCCCCUGCUGCACCCAAACUACUUUGUCCAGACAGUGGAGGGAGACCAGCUGAUUCAAAAUGCUCCAGAGUGCUACCAGCUCCUCCAUGAGGCCAGGCGCUAUCAUGUGCUGGGAAAUGAAAUGAUGUCACCUAGAACUCGUCCACGCAGGUCGACCGGCUACUCCGAGGUGAUUGUUGUGGUGGGCGGCUGUGAGAGAGUGGGAGGCUUCAACCUGCCCUACACUGAAUGUUAUGAUCCAGUCACAGGAGAGUGGAAAUCACUGGCCAAACUACCCGAGUUCACCAAGUCAGAGUAUGCUGUCUGUGCCCUACGCAAUGAUAUUCUGGUGUCAGGUGGUCGUAUCAACAGCAGGGAUGUGUGGAUGUAUAACUCACAGCUCAACCUGUGGAUCAGAGUGGCUUCUCUUAACAAAGGUCGCUGGCGACACAAGAUGGGUGUCCUUCUGGGCAAGGUUUACGCUGUUGGUGGCUAUGAUGGCCAGAACCGCCUGACCAGUGUAGAGUGUUAUGACUCCUUCUCUAACCGCUGGACAGAGGUAGCUCCAAUGAAAGAGGCAGUCAGCUCUCCAGCUGUGGCCAGCUGUGCUGGGAAGCUCUUUGUGAUUGGAGGAGGACCAGAUGACAAUACCUGUUCAGACAAGGUUCAGUGCUAUGAUCCAGAGACAGACACUUGGUUACUACGGGCCAACAUCCCCAUCGCCAAACGCUGCAUCACAGCAGUGUCCCUCAACAACCUCAUCUACGUGUGCGGUGGUCUCACCAAGUCCAUAUUCUGCUAUGACCCCAAAGAGGAUUACUGGAUGCAUGUUGUCCACACCUUUAACAAACUGGAGAGCUGUGGCAUGUCAGUGUGUAACGGCAAGAUCUUCAUCCUCGGUGGCAGAGAGGAAAAUGGUGAUGCGACAGACACCAUCCUGUGUUAUGACCCGUCUACAGGCAUCAUCACAGGAGUGGCAGCCAUGCCGCGGCCCAUCUCCUACCAUGGCUGCGUUACCAUACACCGCUACAACGACAAGUACCACAGGCUCUAACCAUUAAUAAAAACAGAACCACACACAUAUGCACUCUCUCACCUGAAAGUACACACUAAAAAACUGAAACUCUUCCAAAGUCAUGGCUGUACUCUUCAAGUUUGGCCAUGCACAUAUACAGUGACACAGUACAUAAUGACUAUGGAGCUAAUUUAUUUUCUCACAGUAUCAUGUAGCAAUACUAAAGGUGGUGCUGUGAAUCUUUUCCUUUUGUGCACCAUAAUUAUAGAUCUUCUACAGAAAUGCUUAGUGGCUGAUAAUAGUAAUAGCAUCUUCAACGUGUAUCAUGCAAGAGUAAUAACUGCACAAGACUGGGAAGUAAUAGAUCACACUGUAUAAAACUUGAUUUCAGAAACUGGUUACGUUCUGCACUCAAUCCCUUCUAUCCAAAUCAAAAGACUAAAUAUAAAGAUGUAUCACAUGACAUUGUAUCAUACCAUUAUAGAAAACUGAAGACAAAAUAUUGCCGUUAUGUGAGCUUUCAUGAUGAUUCUGUGAUGUGCCACUGAAUAGAGCAGUCGAGUCGCGUCUGAUGGAAUCUGCACAAUGAAUGGUAAUUAAAGUUGUCAGUCACAUGUUGAACCCCCCCUUCCUCUCUGAAAGACAUCCUGUGUGUUUAGCCAUUUACCCCCAGGUUAUAAGACAUCUACCCCGUGAUCUUCUGUCACGGGGUAGGUUUUCUAUAGCCUGGAAGCAGAGGUGUACAAUUUUUUCCCCCCUCUCAGACUGCUUGAAUUACAAUAUGUUGAAAUGUUAUUGUGGUAUUUUUACCCAAAGAUGCCAAAAAAGGACUGCAACUGAAACUUUAAAGUAAUAACAAGAAAUUAGAUCAUUGGUAUUUGGAUGAGAAAGGUGAUUAACAUAAAUUUUAAAAAAUCCAGGUAUAUAAUCAUGAUUAGUCUCUGAUAUCAAUAUCGAUCAUAUUACAGUUUUUUAUGUUUUUAUAUCCCCAAUUAUGUGCCAGAAAUCCGUUACUGAUUUACAUUCCCAGCACUGUGUUUUUUUAUUGCUGUACAAAGUAACAUCAUCCUGUCUUCUGGGUCACUGAUGAGCUGAGUGCGAUCUGACAACAACAACAAAAAACUGUGAGGAAGAUACUGAGAAAUAUACAUGCAAAGAUAGGAGUGACCUACCAGCAGAAGAAAACUGACAUGCAUUUAUUUUUGACUGACAGAUGAGUGUCUGGUUAGAUUUCUAACCCUCGACCCACUGCACUUCGUGUAAUAGUAUAUACAGUGUAGUAAAGCAUAUAUAGCCUAAUACUGUAAAGAAUAUAAAAAAAAAUGCCUUCUGUUUUUAGCUCUUUUCUUGAGCAGUCAGCAAGCUGCUCUCCCACAUUAUCAGUAGUCAUAAAACAAGUUAACCUCAGAAAAGAACGAAGAGAAGAGAUAAAAAUCCAGAGGCGGUACCAUAAUAUUGGAAUAUAGCCACUAUAAGCUCUCCUCUCCUUUUCCCCGGCUGUUAUCCCCUAGUUACACUUCCUAUGUAGGUUUCCUUUUUCACUCUUCUCGCUGUGUCAUCACUUCAAACUACACGAGUAUCUCCUUUAAGUUUUAUUUUUCUACAUUACCAUUGUUUAUUACACUUAAUACUGAUAUUUUCUUUUUAAUUUUUUUAAGUUAUACUGUUUGUGUUUUUUUUUUUUUAUAAAUGGAUGUUUAUUGUAUUAUACAUGCAGUAGAUUUAGUAAGUGUACCUGUUUCAUAUCAAUGUAAGUUCAUCGGUGUGUGGUAUUGUGGGUUGUUUUGGAGAUGUGAGAAGCCUUUGUAGAUCAAACCUCGAAGACUGCUCUGAAUUAAGUGGUGUGCAUGUACAUGUAUGGUAUGGUAGUUUGUAUGUAUGUCUGUGACUUUUAUGACUUAGUCUGGAUAUGUUGGAGCCAUGGAGGUUUAUCAAAGAGUUCUGCUAUAGACGUUGCACAACUGCACUCCGUUAGCAGUCGACCUGUCUUCAGUCUCUGCUGCAAGCAGUUACAAUGUUAACAGAACUCCCCACAAUGAUGCUGGCACCUCUCACCUGUACACUUACAUGUAAAGAUGUAACUCGGGGUAACCAUAGAUACCUCCAGGUGUGUAUGCGUGUGUAUGUUUACUGGUCAGCUAAGGUGGCAUGUGUGACACAAGAGUGUACUAAUGACUAGAUUUUACAGUAGAUGGUGUGGCUCAUGGUCAGUAAAAGUCACCUGUUGUGGUGUUGAUAGACUAGGAAUAUUGCUGUGAAUAUAACUUUAAUAUGUUCUUAUUUUCUUUGGUUAACCUGUAUUUAAAUGUUUUUUUUUUCUUGGUUGCAUAUUGUGUUUUUUUUCUGUAACUGAGAGCCCCAAUUGUGCACUUUGACAGAAUCCUGAUUAAUGUAGAAUAAUAUGAAAAUGAUUUCUUUCUGUUUUACUGUAUCAGUAAAUGUUCUUUGCUUUCAUGUGACGUAUGAAAAGAGGGCUGUUGACUCCUCCUGUUGGCCGUGGGCCGCUGCAGUAUUCUGACCACAACAACAAAGACAACACUGUAAAAUCAGAGUCAAGAAAAGUCACUCUAGAGUUCGGAAUAAUAGAUCGGUAACUUGUAUGAUUGUUAUGGUGAAAGAAAGUGUAAUUUUCAUAUCACACGGUGUAAGAAUAACAGGCGUUGUGCUUCAGCCUGUCUGUCAUAAGGAUAAGAACAGACGGGGGUAUUUUCUAACAAACCCCCAGGUGUUUUCUUAGAAGUGUGAGUUCAGCCGUAGUACAGGCUUAAACAUUGAAAUUCAGUGAACAUCUCUCAGGCCCACCCACAAUCCUUUGCAGCAUGUAAAAAUGGGUUAACCCAGGAGGCCAACAAGAGGAGGCUGAAAGGCAAGAAAGUGAUAAAGCAACAGAAAGGCUGUUAGAUGCUGAGAGAGAAUUUGCGAGUGUGUGUGCGUCUGUGAUUUCACUGAGUAUUUACUCAAAUAGGGACACAAAUGCUGUCCUUUUAUGUUGAUUUAUUGAUUUUCAUUUUUAGCUCUGUAGUGGCUUCCAUACAUUGCUUGCUUUAUUAAGAUUAUUCAUUGUUUUGUGUUGGUUGAUUUUUUUGUAUUAAAUCUUUUGCUUGUUGUGGUGAAUUGUGGGAUUGUGUGUAACAGAUAUUUGGACUCCCUCUUACAAAUAACACGCCUUAAAUUAAACACUGAAGGCCUUAGUGUUCAAUCUGAAGCGUUUGAUUUUAAUCCAAAUACAGACAUAGCCAAAGCAGAUUUGAUUCAAUCCCUAAUGGCACUAAGAAAACAAAAUGACUGGGUAACUGUGCUUGGGUGCCUUUUAUAAAACUGAAAAUGUGUGCCUUA